GUGUCCAGAGUGGGGAGAAGAACUCCUGAAGUGAGCUCUCCCCACACCGACUCUGGUCACAGGACACAUAGCUACGUCCCUCUCAUCUGCUCCCCCUUCAGCCCCGAACCCACCCGUCUGAUUAGAAAGAGUUGAUUCUCAAGACAGACUUCUGACAGAUUCUAAAGCAUAGAAGGUGUGUUGCAGCCAUGGGCUCGGAGCUGGAGACUGCCAUGGAAUCCCUCAUCAACGUAUUCCACGCCCACUCUGGCAAGGAAGGUGAUAAAUAUAAACUGAGCAAGAAGGAGCUGAAGGAGCUGCUGCAAGCUGAGCUUUCUGGCUUCCUGGAUACCCAGAAGGAUGCAGACGCAGUGGACAAGGUGAUGAAGGAGCUGGAUGAGAACGGGGAUGGUGAAGUUGACUUCCAGGAGUAUGUGGUGCUGGUGGCUGCACUCACCGUGGCCUGCAACAACUUCUUCUGGGAGAACAGUUGAGCAAGCAGCCCAGCCCUGGCCAGCACCAAUAACCCAACCCCCUCCCUGCCCCCCUUUCCCUCCUUCCCUCUCCACUUUAGCCCUCCCUCUACCCUCAGACUCCCCCCGGCUUGGCCAUAGCAUUUGAGGAAUACUGCUCCAUUAUUCAUUAAAGGCUCAUCUCCCAAUAA